CGCUGCAGCCGCGAGCUCCAUGGCGGGCAGCGCGCUCGGGCUGCGGCUGGUGCUGCUGGCGGCGCUGUGCGGGGCGGCGGGGGCGCUGUGGCCCUGGCCGCGCUCCGUGCAGGCGUCGUCGCGCCGCUACCGCCUGCGCCCCGCCGCCUUCGCCUUCCGCCACCACCCGGGCUCCGCCGCGCAGCCGGGCUGCGACGUCCUGGACUCCGCCUUCGCGCGCUACCGCCGCCUGCUCUUCGGGGCCGGACCCUGGCCGCCGCCCAGCCCCUCGGGACAGCGCCAUGUGUCGAAGGAUGUGUUGGUUGUCUCUGUGGUCACCGAGGGAUGUAACGAGUUUCCCAUGUUGGAGUCCUUGGAGAACUACACUCUGACCAUAGAUGAUGACCAGUGUCUGCUGGCUGCCAGCACCAUCUGGGGAGCCCUGCGAGGUCUGGAGACGUUCAGCCAGCUUGUGUGGACCUCGGCGGAGGGCACAUUCUUCAUCAACAAGACGAGCAUCAAGGACUUCCCUCGCUUCUCCCACCGGGGCUUGCUUCUGGACACAUCACGCCAUUACCUGCCGCUGUCCAGCAUCCUGGACACACUGGAUGUCAUGGCUUACAACAAACUGAACGUGUUCCACUGGCACCUGGUAGACGACCCCUCCUUCCCGUAUGACAGCAUCACCUUCCCUGAGCUCGCCAGAAAGGGGUCCUACAACCCUGUCACUCACAUCUACACAGCACAGGAUGUCAAGGAAGUCAUUGAAUAUGCACGGCUGCGGGGAAUCCGUGUGCUGGCAGAAUUUGACACCCCUGGCCAUACACUGUCCUGGGGACCAGGUGUCCCUGGGCUACUGACUCCGUGCUACAGCGGUACUCAGCCCUCUGGCGACUUCGGACCGGUGAAUCCCAUUCUGAACAGUACUUACAAGUUCAUGAGCUCCUUCUUCUUGGAGAUCAGCUCUGUCUUCCCGGAUUUUUACCUUCACCUUGGAGGAGAUGAGGUGGAUUUCACCUGCUGGAGGUCCAACCCAGAUAUCCAGGCAUUCAUGAAGAAGAAGGGCUUUGAUGACUUCCGGCAGCUGGAGUCCUUCUACAUCCAGAUGCUGCUGGACAUCGUCUCUGCCUACGAGAAGGGCUACGUGGUGUGGCAGGAGGUGUUUGACAACAAAGUCAAGGUUCGUCCAGACACGAUCGUGCAGGUGUGGCGGGACAAGAAGCCAGUCACCUACAUGGAGGAGGUGGAAUUGGUCACCAAGGCCGGCUUCCGGGUCCUGCUGUCAGCACCCUGGUACCUGAACCACAUCACAUACGGCGCUGACUGGAAGGACAUGUACAAAGUUGAGCCCCUGGACUUUGAAGGGUCCCCCGAGGAGAAGGCGCUGGUGAUUGGAGGAGAAGCCUGCAUGUGGGGCGAGUGGGUAGACAGCACAAACCUUGUCCCCAGGCUCUGGCCCAGGGGAGGGGUGGUUGCCGAGAGGCUGUGGAGCAGCAACCUGACCACCAACCUGGACUUCGCCGAAACCCGCCUGUCGCACUUCCGCUGCCUGUUGUUGAGGCGGGGUGUCCAGGCUGAGCCCAUCGGGGUUGGCUACUGUGAGCAGGAGUUUGAGGAGACCUGAACCUGCAGCCCUGGCACCGAAGUGGGUGCUGGCUUCCACUGCGUCUCAGCUGGGUGACGGAACUGUUCACCUGGGAACCCUGUGGCUGGAGAGAUGGGGCUGGUGCAGGCACCGGCAGUCAAUAAAGAGCAAUGUGGCAUUUUCCCAUA